AUCCAUCGUGUCGGUCGUACGGCGCGUGCGGGCCGCGCGGGCCGCGCCGUGACGCUGGUCAAGAAGGGCCAAACCAAGGGCCUCUCGCGCAUGCUGGCCAAGGCCGAGAAGGCGCCGCUGCCCGUGUAUCCCGUCGACGCCGAGCACAUGCAGACGCUCGUGCCCCGGUACACGGCCUGCCUGGCCUCACUCAAGGAGACGCUUGCCAAGGAGAAGGCGGGGCACCUCGGCCUCACGACCGGUGUCUCGCUCAAGCGCAAGCUCCACGACGACACCGACGACAAGGACAACGACCAGGCCAUGGCCGACGACGACGACGACGAGGACGACGCAAAGCGCGAUGAUGAAGCUGGGGCCAAGGACGACGAUGAUGACGUGGCACCCCGGGAGGCGCUGCGGGCGCGGCUUGUGGAGCACCUCAAGCGACAGCGGGCGACCGAAUAA